UUAUAGUUCAUCUUGUUCUUGCACAAAAACAAAUCCUAAUUACUACCAAAAAAAAUCUUAAUUAUUAGCAUCUCCAUACAUUAAGCACAAACAAUGAAUCAUCAAGAAAAUCAUCACAAUAUCUCAACAUGGAAGACAAGAAAAUCCAUCAUCGAUUGCCAUAUUCCAACUUCUUCAUCAACAUCCAUUCAACAAAAUGAUGACAAGCUCAAGUGCAAGUACGACGACGAUGAUAACGCCAAAGAGGAAGAAUAUAAUGAGAAUGUUGUUGAGUUAGAAACAAAGGUGGUAGAGGAAAUUACGGGGCGCGAAAGGCUUAAGAGGCAUAGAGAAGAAAUGAAAGGAAAGGUUAAGGUACCUGAAAAUUGGGAGAAGGAAAAGAAAUUAAAGGAAUGGGUUGAUUAUACAAAGUUUGAUGCAUUAAUAUUUGCUCCUCAUGCAUUGAUUGUUACUGCUCGUGAUGCCCUUAUUGCCGAUGUACGUAAAUCAAGGUCACAAAGAUUAAGGAUCCAUACCUAAUUAGUUUCUUAAUUUAGUUUGAAUUUUCUUA